AUGGACAAAGAAUCAUUAGCAGCAACUAAAAUUCAAGCUGGUUUUCGAGGUUAUCGUACUCGUAAAGAAUAUGGUAAUCUGGUUCAUUCAUUUCCAAGUCAUAAUUCCUCAUCAAUUGAUGAGGUAAGAAGCAAUCGAAACACACAUAAUUUACAACAAUCUCUAACAAAUUCUAAUAACUUAGACAAUGCAGCUACACGAAUUCAAGCUAGUUAUCGUGGUUAUUUAACACGUAAAGCAUUAAGAGAUGAUAAUAUGCCAAAGCAUACAUCAUUGAUGACAACAUCACUAGGCAAUAGUCCAUUACAUUGUGAUCAGAGAAGAGGUUCUGAUGGAUUAUUUGAACAACACAAUUGUCAUUUAACAGAUACUGAUAUUGAUCAUAAAGUGAAAGCUGUCACAAAAAUUCAAGCUGGUUAUCGAGGUUAUAAAACGCGUAAAUCUUUAGCACCUUUACUACACCAUGAGAAUCGACAAAAUCCUAUUUUAAAUAAAGAAAAUGAGAAUUUCUCCUCUACCUAUCAUACUCGAUAUAGAUCAAAAAGUCAGGAUAGAAAUACAAAAGCGAAAUUCACUUUUUCACAUAAUUCAUUAUAUGAUCCUGAAUUAGCAGCGACAAAAAUUCAAGCAAUCUAUCGUGGUUACAGAACACGACAACAUUUACCGAAAUGA